UGUUCUGUUAGUGUCUUUGCUCUGAGAUCCACAGCUUGAUGUACUUCCAUGCCUCAGACUUUAGGAAUGGAGUAGACUUUACCAAUGGCUCCUGUGUGAUAGGCUGACAAACAGUGUUAACUAGAGAAACAUCUCAGUGGCGCCAAAAGGAAGGAGGGGGGGACCUUUCCGAGAUUUAAUCGCCAUCAGAUGUCGUAACGGUUUUCCCUGCCAAGCUUGCCCUUUCUGCUCGGGGCACCUAAUUCACUAAGUGGAUUUCCCCGCUUGAGAAACGCUGGGAGCUGAAGUUUCGGAUACAUUCUGUAUGGAGGGGACAGACCUCAGGAAAACAUACAUUCCGAGUUUCCUCACACCUGUCAAUCCGCAGUCAUUUACACUCAAGAGAAGACACACCGGGAGUUUCUGUGGAUAAUCUCCUGACAAAGCAUGGCCUACGUACUGACUGUCUUCUUUUAUGCUGCCAUUCUGAUGGUCUCUGUUUCAUCAUCAAACGAUCCAGCAGGCAAUGGCACUGACUGUGCAGACUUCAACACCACCUCCUGGGGGGAGUACUGGCAGGGCAUCCGGCUGCAGGUGCAGUACCUCCUCCUCACGCGCCGAAACGUGGACUGCGCCUCCGUCUUCACCAAUGAGUCCCUCUCUGACCCCCUGCAGCCCACCCACUUCAACUCCUCUCUCCCCACCAAGGUCAUCAUCCACGGAUACAGGGCUACGGGCAGUAAGCCCCCCUGGGUGAAAGUUUUGGCAGAGGGUCUGCUCCAGGCGGCCGAUGUCAACGUGCUAGUUGUGGACUGGGUUUACACAGCCUCCUUCGCCUACAACUCGGUGGUGCAGAGCUACAAAGAGGUGGCCUUGCAAAUCUCCAUCCUCAUCAACAAACUUGUUAGUCACGGCAGCAGUUUGGAGUCCUUUCAUUUCAUCGGGAUAAGCCUUGGAGCCCAUGUGUCAGGUUUCGUGGGAACUUUGUUUGAAGGAAAGUUGGGAAGAAUUACAGGGCUGGACCCAGCAGGACCCAUGUUUAAAGGAGCUGAUAUAUUCGACCGGCUCGAUCCCACUGAUGCUCUCUUCGUAGAGGCCAUCCACACCGACUCUGACUAUUUUGGGAUCUCCAUUCCUGUGGGACAUGUUGAUUUCUUUCUCAACGGUGGGAUGGACCAGACUGGUUGUAAACGCUCCAGGUUUGCAUCUAUUCUUCUCUAUUUUCCAGUGUACGGUUAUGUCAUCUGCGACCACAUGAGGGCAGUACACGUCUACAUCAGUUCGCUGAACAGCUCGUGUCCUCUGAUUGGCUUCCCGUGUCCGAGUUACGAGCGCUUCCUCGCAGGAGAAUGCACGGACUGCGAAAGAACCUUCAAGGGCACCUGUCCGCAAAUAGGGCUUUUGGAGAACAGUGGGAUCACAGUCUCUCCCUUGCCCCACGAAGUGAAGCUUUUCCUCCAGACCAGCUCCUCGGCCCCCUACUGUGCGCAUCACUUCCUGUUGGAGCUGACAGUUUCCUCCAUGGCGAGGAACACUGGGGUGGAGAUCACCCUGAGGAGCAUGGGACAUCCAGACAGCCAGCAGAAGCUGUGGCUGAAAACCAAAGAGAGCAAAUACAGCAGAGUGAUGUCAGCCCCAGUGCCUCUGUGUAAGAUAGAUUCCAUCCUACUGAAGGGCACUGGCUCCUUCUUCUACAGACCGGGAGACGUCAACAUUCAGUCUAUCUGCGUCUCGGAGUUCCCCAUCACCAGUCAGAAAGAACCGCUGUGUUUGGUGAAUUUCCAGCUGCACAGGAGUUCUCUGUGGUCCCAUGACUUUGUGCAGGUGUGUGGGGCCUUCUGAGAGCCACUUGUUUCCAUGACAGCACUUGGAGGAAAUGGUCACAUACAUAUAUCCACAAUGCGCAUGUAUCUACCCACACCACACCAUAGAUCAUUCAUACAUAACUGUACAGGCAUAACCGAAAUCUGCAGCCAUGCAUACCAGCCCUUGCAUGUAUCAUAUGUGACCUGCUCUAUCAAGAUCAGCCGUAUUGACACAAAAGGUAUUUUGAGUUUUAGAAACUAAUGGAAAAAGAAGGGGGAAUUGUUUCAUUUUGUGUGCCACCAAACCAGUUUUUUGAGAAAAAUUUGAGAAAGGUUUGUCUUGAGAUCUACGUGAGGCUGGGAGACUACUGGCACUGGGCAAAAAAACUCCAGGACUAUAACUUUUUAAACUAGAUUUUUACUCUAAACAUUAACUCUUGACAUUAAGACAUGCAGACCCUGAAACCAAACGCAGCUGAUGUGGUUGUUUGUGACAGACUAACAUCCAAACAAUGCAUCUUGCAUUUAAAAGCUAAAAAACUAUAUUUUUACUCAGAAAUUGCCAAAAAGACAUGCAGAUUACAAAAGCCAAGAUAUUGUUCUACAAAAUAAAGAUGAAAGCCUAAACAGCCAAAAAUUAAAGGGCCGUUGCGACAUACAACCGAUUAUGAUAUAACCGGUCACAUAUUUGCGCACGCACACACACACAUACACACACACAAACACACAGCCAAGCUAAAUACUGUACACAAAGGUGUGCCUUUAAAAUGAUAAAUGCUACGUUGAAUAUAUUUUCUUCAUGUAUCAGAAGGCCUUAAAAUUUUCCUGCUGUUGGUCCCUGAGAUUGUUCUGACUUCUCACACUCAGAUUAACUUCAUCACAGUUGGGGAUAACAGGGCUAAGUUGGACAAACACACAGCUUAAUUUCUUCAUUUGUUUGGGCCCUUGGCUCUGAUAUGGCAGCAAAGCUGGUGAAGGUGAUCAGAGCGAAUAACUCUGUAUGACAAGGUUGCAGACAUGAUGGUUACAGUGUUUUGCCCAAGAGCUUUGUGGAGAAACACUUGUGAAAACAAAUGAUCACAUUGAAAUGUUGUAGCUGACAUUGUGCUUCUAAAACCAGGGUAUUAGAAAUACUCCGUGCAUGUAAAAUACAAAAAGGCGUGAAACUUCCCUAAAUGCGGAAUUGUGUCAUUACACGUGAAGACUUCCUGAACAUUGUUGAUUCAUGCAGAAAAAAAAACCUAUAUACUGUUAUGGCUAUAUUUUCCAAAACAUUUCUUUAAAUGUCCUUUAAAUGUCCUUGUCCUUUUCCCCCCAUGAAUGAAAACAUACAAUAAAAGAGUGGCAGUAUUACUGUAGAAUCAUACAUAACACAAAAUGUCUUGAACAAAAACACAGAUUUCCCAUCGUUUACGAUGUGUACGAUACUAUACAUGCACGUGUCAGGUUAUUGCCUUAAUAAAUAUUGAAUAAAUGGAGGAAUCCUUGA